AUGUCUCAACAGUAUCUAAAGGGCAAGACAGCCAUAGUCACUGGCGCGGGAAAGCCGAACGGAAUAGGAGCAGCAUCCGCGAUCGCCCUAGCUGGACAAGGUGCCAAUGUGUUGAUCCAUUACAACAGCUCCGCCGGACCUGCAGAGGAAGUCGUCAGUAAGCUCAAGGGUCUUGGAGUCCAAGCGGCGGCCGUCAAAGCCGAUGCCUCGAGCGUCGACUUCGGCAAAACGCUCGUCAACGCCGCUCUGAAGACCUUCAACACCAGAACCAUUGAUAUCAUCGUCAACAAUGCCGGGUACGCUGCGCCCAAUGUCGAGGGAAUCAAAUCCGUCGGUUUCGACGAAUGGGACACGACCUUCCGAAUCAACGUUCGAGGUCCAUUCGACCUUAUCCAGGCGGCACUUCCGUAUAUGAAGGAAGGCGGACGUGUCAUCAAUAUUGGGAGCAUUGCAAGUUUCCCCGCCUCCGUCCUGUUCACGUCAAAGACAUGUUGUCCCAUGUGCUGGCGGCCAAAAUCAGCCACAAGACGCAUAAGUCGCAAAUCUCGUCCUAAGAACAAUGCUAACUUUGCGGAAAUGCAGAUCUCUCGCCUGGGCUCGUGGAUGUUGCCGGUAUACUGUGCUUCCAAAGGAGCGUUGACCUCCAUGACAGUUGCCAUUGCGGAAGAGCUUGGGCCCAAGGGCAUCACCGCCAACGUGGUAUCGCCUGGGCCCAUAGCCACAGAUCUCUCCAUGGAGGGGUCACCCAUCGGAGCAAGGCUGAGGAACAACCAGCACAUCAAGCGGGAGGGGAAAGCGACCGAGGUUGCUGAGACGGUCCUUUUCAUCGCGAGCCCCGGGGCAUCAUACAUCUCCGGACAAGUCAUCCACGUCGACGGCGGCAUCGCGUUCCCCUGA